AUGGCAGCGAGCAUGAAGCCCACUAAGAUGGUGUCCGAUUAUGUCAUCUACAAGAAGGUCUCCCGGGACAAGUCGGUGACCAUUUACCUAGGAAAGAGGGAUUAUAUUGACCAUGUGGACAAGGUUGAACCCGUAGAUGGUGUUGUACUGGUGGACCCUGAACUUGUGAAGGGAAAGAAAGUGUACGUCUCCCUGACCUGUGCCUUCCGCUAUGGCCAGGAGGACAUCGAUGUGAUUGGUUUGACCUUUCGUCGUGACCUCUACUUCUCCCGGGUGCAGGUGUUUCCACCGGUGGGGGCCACCAGCGCACCCAGCAAACUGCAGGAGAGCCUGCUGAAGAAGCUGGGGGACCACACGUACCCCUUCGUGCUCACAUUUCCAGACUAUUUGCCCUGUUCGGUGAUGCUACAGCCAGCACCCCAGGAUUCGGGGAAGUGCUGUGGGGUUGACUUUGAGGUCAAGGCAUACGUCUCAGAAGGUACCGGUGAUGAGGAAGACAAAGUCCCCAAGAAGAGCUCAGUGCGUCUGCUGAUCCGAAAAGUGCAACAUGCGCCGCUGGAGAUGGGCCCCCAGCCCCGUGCAGAGGCCGCCUGGCAGUUCUUCAUGUGCGACAAGCCCCUGCAGCUCUCCGUCUCCCUCAGCAAGGAGAUCUAUUUCCAUGGGGAGCCCAUUCCUGUGACAGUGACAGUGACGAACAACACUGAGAAGACAGUGAAGAAGAUUAAAGCAUUCGUGGAACAGGUGGCCAACGUGGUUCUCUACUCCAGUGACUAUUACGUCAAGCCUGUGGCUGCAGAGGAGACACAAGAGAAAGUGCCACCCAACAGCUCACUCACUACCACCCUGAUACUGGUGCCCUUGCUAGCCAACAACAGGGAGAGAAGGGGCAUCGCCCUGGAUGGGAAGAUCAAGCAUGAAGACACAAACCUGGCCUCUAGCACCAUCCUGAAGGAGGGCAUUGAUCGUACCGUCCUGGGAAUCCUGGUGUCAUACCAGAUCAAGGUGAAGCUCACAGUGUCUGGCUUCCUGGGAGAGCUCACCUCCAGUGAGGUGGCAACGGAGGUGCCCUUCCGCCUCAUGCACCCUCAGCCUGAGGCCUCAGGGAAGGAAAGAUUUAAGGAGGAAAAUCUGGUGUUUGAAGAGUUUGGCCGCCAGAACCUCAAAGACCCCCUGGAGCCUGAGGACGGGAAGAAAGACCAAGAGGCUGUGGAUGAGUGA